GUGUGGGCCCUGGGGUCAGAUGUAUGGGCCCUGAGUGGGGUUAGAAUCCAGGACUCUUGGGUCAGGGUUCUAUCUGGAAACCCCUUAGGUGGGAUGAAUGGGGUGAGCCUAGGUUCAGCUAACUGGCCUGCUCGGGAGGAAGGAGUUAAAUGGUACUGCUGUCACCUGAGCUGGGCAUCAGGUUACCUGUGUCCAGGUUCUGCUUGUUAGAAGGUAGAGCUGAGCCUGCUCCUGGGCCUCUGGCUGCCCAGGAGCCAGGGAAAGGGCUCUCACUGGGGAUCCUCACUGACUCUAUCCCCAGGCUCCCAGCUAUGGCCCUGCCCCCACCUCUGGGCCCUAGACUCCCCUCAGAGCCCCUCAACCACCCCCCUGGAGCCCCUAGGGAACUGGACAUUGUUGGAUGUACCAUCUGCCCUGCAUCUGGAGAGGAGAGAAUCAGACCGGACCAGGCCCAGAAACUGGGGCAAGACGCCUUGGACCUUCCCCAACACUUCCAGGGUGGGUUGAGGGGCACUGAGCCUGCUGCUGGUCCCCUCAGAUUGCCAACACCCUCUUCCAGUGAGGACCCAGCUGGGGGCAAACCGUGUGAGCACCUCAGCUCCGGCCAGGAGGUAUUGGAGGCCGAGCAGGACAGCCUAGCCCUAUGCCUGCUGGGGCUAGGCCUCCGGCUGCAGGACCAAGAGCAAGGCCUGGGGCCCUGGGCAUCAGCCCAGAGCAGGAUGGGCCAGCUGCAGGCCCUCCAGGCAGACCUGCAUGGGGCAGCUGAGCGUGUAGAUGCCCUGCUGGCGUUCAGUGAGGGGCUGGCACAGCGGAGUGGGCCUCGGGCCCAGGCAUCGCUGGAGCAGGUCCUGAGGGCCCUCAGAGCCCACCGAGGCAGCAUCUUUCGGCGACUGUGGUGGCUGGAGGCCCAGCUGGUCAGCUCUAGCCUGGUAUUUGAGGAGGCCAGCCCACUGGAUCAGGACUUGGAAGUCGAGGGGGACUUGGACGGGCCAGGACCUGGUGGGGUCUGGGGGCCCUGGGCACCCAGUAGCUACCCCACUCCCGCAGAGUUGGAAUGGGACCCGGCAGGGGAUGUUGGAGGCCUCAGGCCCUUGGGGCAAAAGACAGCCUGGACACCAGGAGCUCCCUGUGAGCUGUGUGGCCACAGAGGCCCCCAGGGCAGGGGACAAGUUCUCCAAGGACCUCACACCUCUCUUUCCCCACAGGACAUGCUCAUGUCGGGCUUCAACCACCGGAAACACUUGGCAGGUCACCAAAGAUGUUCCCUGCUCCAGAAGUCUCAGGACAAGAAGCAAGCAUCUCCCAAUCUCCAGGACUUGAUGUUGGAGGUAGACCCCGGAGCCCCUCCUCCUGCAUUCGGGCACUCCCUGACCUUCCUCCUCCUCCUCCUCUUCCUUCUCCUGGUGGGUGCCAUGUUGCUCCUGCCACCUUCAGGGAGCUCCUGCUGCUGUCCUGCCCGACUGACCAGGACACCUUACCUGGUGCUCAGCUAUGUCAAUGGUCCCCCCCCAAUCUGAGUAUGUAGCCCAGACAUAUGUA